AUGACCUUCAUACGGGUGGAAACCCAACAUACGAGUCUAUCGUUGGGGAUGUUUGGUUUCUCAGGUAUCCGCUCACCGCCUCAAACUCCGUAUCUCCCCAGCCACAUUGUCCUGCUGCCAGAAAGGGGGCAUAAAGGACCAAAAACAAAGCCCUGUCCAAAGCUCCCAUGCAAGAUGCAAUGCAAAUGCAAGAAGAGAGAGCCGUGCUUCCGCCUCACGGGAAGUUUCGGGAGAUCCUCGGUAUUUGUGGAGUGGGUGGCAGGAAUUUCCGGUCCCGCCUCAUUCAUCCUCUCACCGUCACGCUGGUCCUCGGAGCUUCUAGUCUUUCCAAAUAAUUCGAAUUAUCAGGAGCCCGGGAGGGGCCGCGAGUGGAAGGAUUUGGGUGGAGAGAGGAAUGGUGGAGAUGACAAGCGUCGAGUCGCCGAUUUUUUCGGCUAA